AUGGCCGCGGCCAUCGCCAGCUCGCUGAUCCGGCAGAAGCGGCAGGCGCGCGAGUCCAACAGCGAGCGCGUCUCCGCCUCCAAGCGCCGCUCCAGCCCCAGCAAGGACGGGCGCUCCCUCUGCGAGAGGCACGUGCUGGGCGUCUUCAGCAAGGUGCGCUUCUGCAGCGGCCGCAAGAGGCACGUCCGGAGGAGGCCAGAACCCCAGCUGAAAGGGAUCGUGACCAGGUUAUUCAGCCAGCAGGAAUUCUUCCUACAGAUGCACCCGGACGGAACGAUUGAUGGCACCAAAGACGAAAACAGCGACUAUACCCUCUUCAACCUCAUUCCAGUGGGCCUUCGUGUGGUGGCCAUCCAAGGUGUCAAGGCUGGCCUCUACGUGGCCAUGAAUGGCGAGGGGUACCUCUACAGCUCCGACAUCUUCACACCCGAGUGCAAAUUCAAGGAGUCCGUCUUCGAAAACUACUACGUGAUCUAUUCCUCCACGCUGUACCGGCAGCAGGAAUCGGGGAGAGCUUGGUUCUUGGGACUCAAUAAAGAGGGGCAGAUUAUGAAAGGCAACCGAGUGAAAAAGACCAAACCGUCCUCACAUUUUGUACCCAAACCCAUAGAAGUGUGCAUGUACAGAGAGCCUUCCCUGCAUGAGAUCGGAGAGAAGCAAGGACGUUCUCGGAAGAGUUCGGGGACGCCCACCAUGAACGGAGGCAAAGUGGUCAACCAGGACUCCACAUAGCCUGACCAAGUGCCCACCACCAACACCUUCCUCCUCUCGGGGGACCUCUCCCUGCCACUUGCCCACCGUCCCCCACCUGCCCGCCCGCCCGCCCGCCCCCCACCCCAGCGAGGCUGGAGCCAAGAUCCACGGGCGACUUCUCUCCGCGUAGGAUGAGGCGUUCGCGCCUCCUGCUCUGGGACAGAGUCCAGCGUACACAAACAGACACACACACACACACACACACACUCUUGCACACACCCACACGCACAGUCGCCCCUGCAAGGGAAUAUAUAUUCAACUGAGUGUGGAGGCAAGGAGAGCGUCAUUGAAUAUAAAUUCCAUCCGGACUCUCAUUUACAUUUGAAACAGCAAAACUCUGCUCCGUUUACUCGGAUGGGGGAAUUGGUCAACUCUGCAUAACAAUUAUUAUUAAUAUUAUUAUAAAUAAAUUAUUA